AUGGCCGAGCAGCUUUUCGGCACGAUACUCCACCCGCGGGGUCAAGGAACCGCAGAAGACCCUAUCGACCUUGAGAAUGAGCUUGCGGUCACCCUUCCGAGUCCAGAACUCAAGCCCUUCCGUCUCCUCGACCUCCCACCUGAAUUGUGGAUCAGAAUCGGCAAAUUCGCCAUCGACGUCUAUCCUCGAGUAGCAUCUCGCUUUGCCCGCUCCUCACGUGGCUAUUCCCCAAGUCGCCGCCACUUUCCCUUGCAGCCAGGAAUCACCCGGGUGUGUACCAUGCUACGUGCUGAGCUUCUGCCGUACUACUACAGAACUCGGAUCAGGCUAGAGCCAAUCGAAAGCUUCUGA